GUGUCUGCAGGUUUCUCCCAGCGCCCGAGAGAAGGAUGAGCGGGCUGAUGGGUGUGCAGCAGCAGCAGCAGGCCGCGGGCUCCUCGCAGCCGCUCAACAAGCCGAAGCGGUCGCGGCUCGAGCUCGAGCUGGAGGAAUAUGUGGCGGACGAGUGGUGCAAGAAGCACGGCGUCAAGAUGGACGUGUACUGCUGCACCGACGACCAGAUCAUCUGCUCGCGCUGCGCCCUGCGGGACCACCGGGGACACAGCAUUGGCCUGGUGGAGAAGGAGCGGAACACCAAACAGGUGGCUAUGAGGAACAUUCAUGCCCAAUUCAGAGAGAUGAUCCAGAAGCAUGAAAACAGCCUGAAGGAAUACAAGAAGCUGCUCUCCAACAUCUCGGAGGAGGCGAGAGACACCGAGGACUCCAGCGAGGCCGCCAUCGUCUGCGUCAUCGACACCCUGCAGAGAGACUUCCGGCUGCUGAGGGAGCGGAUCCGGAGUCAUGAGGAGGCGGCGGUGUCUCGGGUGAAGCACAUCCUUGACUUCCUGCCGGUGAAGCUGAGGGAGAUGAAGAAGCGGGAGGCCCAGCUCAGCUGUCUGGCCGAGACUCAGAGCAACGCCAGCUUCCUGCAGCAAUGGUCUUCUCUGCGCCACCUCUGUGAGAAAGACCUUCAGCAGGGUUGUCCAGAGUUUUCCCAGGAUGCACUGCUCCCUUUCACACAGCUGAAGGAGGCCGUCUGGCAGUUCAAAGACCAACUGGAGGAGUUCUGUGAACAGGAAUUUGCCUCUCUAGCUCAAAGCGCUCUUCCUGCAGUUCAGAGCAGGCCGACCGUACGAGACACCGAGCCUAAAACCAGAGAGGAGUUUCUGAAGUACGCCUGCGAUCUUUCUCUGAACCCCUGCUCAGCUCACGACCAGCUGACGGUUUUUCCCGACCUCAAAAAGGUGAAGAUUUCGAAAUUGAGAGGUCCGGCCAGCCCCCACCCGGAGAGGUUCAGCGUCCGGCGGCAGGUGAUGUGCCGGGAGGGGCUGCGGGCCGACCGCUGCUACUUCGAGGUGGAGGUGAGAGGAGAGAAGGCGGAGGUCGCUCUCACUUACAAGGGGAUCAACAGGAAAUCCGGCACGCAUCUGUCGGCUUUAGGGGGCAACAAGAUUUCCUGGAGUCUGGAUAUCUCCAACACUUACUCAGUGAGUCACAAGUGCCAGAGCGUCCAGCUCACCAUGCUCCGGUGUCGCCCCACGAUCGGAGUGUAUCUGCAGUUCAAGGAGGGCGCCUUGUCUUUCUACGAGGUGGCCGAAGACAUGAUGCUUCUCUAUAAGAUGGAAGCCAAGUUCACAGAACCGCUGUAUCCGGCCUUCUGGCUGGGAGAUAGGACCUCCAUCACAAUCUGUGACUUAAAGCAGCACAGAUCGUGACGAUCGGGAGGAGACUCCUGGUGUGAGGCUCUGCAGUGACCUCAGUUUAUUUAGCGUUACUGUCUAUAGAAGACCACUUCGACCUCCGGCGUGGAUCGAUAUUGAAGCGUAUCGAUGGACAGAUGAAACAUGAUGGUGCUGUUUUAAAACGAGUUAGCUUUUUUUUUUCCCUCUGCUGUGUGUGACUUUCCUCAGGGUUUUCUGCUUUCCCCCCCCCCCACUGUCCAAAAACAUGCAUUUUAGAUUAACCGGUGUUUCUAAAGUGCUCAAAAACAUUGAACAGAAGUGGAUCCAAACCCACGUGCACACGAUGCACAUAUAGAGAGAUCCAACACGCCUUUUUUUUCUCCCAUUUUUAUUUAUUUCAUUCUUGUUAUUAUUAUGUUUUAUGGUCACAAUUUUUACAAUAAAUAUACAAUCAUGAGAGAACUGAGGAGAGAGGAGCUGCAAAGGAACAUUUCUAAAUGAGUCUUCCUGUACAGACGGUGCUUAAAACAUGUGGUCAGUAAGACUCUGUACACACCAACCACCAUGUGACCAUACACACACACGCGCACGCACGCACACACACUGCAGCUCUUCAAAGGAAGGAAAAGUUCUAUUUUCCCUUUUAUUAAAAGGGGUGACUCCCAUCGGUUGCCAACACCAGACACUCAGGUGUCCAGAUUUUCCUACGGACUCGAUAAAGUUUUCACUCCAACCUUCAACUCACUGCUGUCAGAACAACUCGACAGCUUUUUCUUUGCCGUCUUGUGAGAGAAAGUGCAUUUAAUCACAUUCAUGUUUUCUAUUUUUAUAUUUACUGCUAGAAUUGUUAAUUUUUAAGACAUUUUAUAUACCUCACGUUAAUGAAAACCAUCCACUGAAUGGUCUGAUCACGCAACAUUAUUUACAGGUUUGAAGGAACGUAAUACACUCUUCGUAGGGAGGACUUUACACACACACACACACACACACACUACGACAAGACGUGAAAGAAAAAGCGAACUUGCUCAGGUUCAUAGCCUCCUCCCAUCUGUGCUAUGAGACGAUAACACGUACACGGCAAAAAAACACAAGUGGCAAAUGAAUGAAUACUUAAGAAAUCCUGCUGUUCUUAAUUCUGCCACUCAGGAGGCCAGCGAACAUCAGCUUUGGUUUCAAGGUGGUGCCUUCGCAUGCAGAUUUGGGUGAAAACGUGUUUAAGUGUGAUAGAAACUGAACAAAAACAUUAUUUUAUUGUCUACUGCAGAAAACAUUUCAUUGCUUCUUUUAAUCAUUAGACCAGGGCUGGAAGUUUUUUUUUUUUUUUUCUUUGGCGUUUUAUUGCAGUCGGGUACAAUUUACUCCACGUAAUCUAGGUUGUUACUCGUAAACUCACAAGUUUCCAAUUUGGCGCGUUUAAAAUUUCGAUUCAUGGUCAAACCUUUUCAAGUGACGAGGAUAGAAUAAGCCUGGCAUCAUCUUAUUCUGAAGAUUUCUCAGUGUAGCUCACUGGGCUGCAAUAAGUGCAAGAAAUGUCUAAUUAGACAUUUUUAUGUUUCACAUUGUGCAGCUGUCUCAAUCGUCUGUUGUCCAAUGUUCUUGGGACCUUUGUAACAUGUAACUAGCAUUUUGUAACUGGUGAUGGCAGGAAAGUCCAGCUAAACUCAUCCAAUAUUCUUUAACAUUGAACAAUAUACACACUCAGUGUGAUUCCUAAUGAAAAUAGCUUCUAAUGUGUGUAUUAUCUCACACAUUUUUAUAUCUCUUAACUUGAUGCGGCCCAGUCAGACUUCAGAGACAAAACCCUCUCAGCUCAGUGAGAGGACCUCAAAUAGAUUUGAGAGUAAA